UCCCCUCCCCCCGCCCCGCUCCCUCCGCCCGCCCCGGAGACCCGAGCACCGCCCGCCCUCCCUCCUCCCGCUCCCCCAGUCCCGUCCCCUUCCCCCAAACGCAGCCAGGGAACGCGCGGCCGGGCCCACACACCCCGCCAGUUUGAUUUCCUCCCAGCGACCAAAGAUUUGACCACUGACUAAGCCUGACUUAACUGAACACAGAGCAAGAUGGACACCGGUGUUAUCGAAGGAGGUUUAAAUGUCACGCUUACCAUUCGCCUACUUAUGCAUGGGAAGGAGGUUGGAAGCAUCAUUGGGAAGAAAGGAGAAUCUGUAAAGAAGAUGCGUGAAGAGAGUGGUGCUCGCAUUAACAUCUCAGAAGGGAACUGCCCAGAACGGAUUAUUACUCUUGCUGGACCCACUAAUGCCAUCUUCAAAGCAUUUGCAAUGAUCAUUGACAAACUGGAAGAGGAUAUCAGCAGCUCAAUGACCAACAGCACAGCUUCUAGUAGGCCCCCUGUCACUCUGAGACUUGUGGUACCUGCCAGCCAAUGUGGCUCUCUCAUUGGGAAAGGAGGUUGCAAGAUCAAGGAGAUAAGAGAGAGCACAGGGGCACAGGUUCAAGUGGCAGGAGACAUGUUGCCCAACUCUACUGAAAGAGCGAUCACCAUUGCUGGGAUUCCACAGUCCAUCAUUGAGUGCGUCAAACAGAUCUGUGUGGUCAUGCUGGAGUCUCCCCCAAAGGGCGUUACCAUCCCUUACCGACCCAAGCCAUCCAGUUCUCCUGUCAUCUUUGCAGGCGGUCAGGACAGGUACAGCAGCGGCAGUGCAAGCUACCCCCACACCGCCCCAUCAAUGUGCCUCAACUCUGACCUGGAGGGACCACCUCAAGAGGCCUAUACCAUUCAAGGACAGUAUGCCAUUCCACAGCCAGAUCUGACCAAGCUGCACCAGUUGGCAAUGCAACAGUCACAUUUUCCAAUGUCUCAUGGCAACACUGGAUUCAGUGGCGUUGAAUCCAGCUCUCCAGAUGAGAAAGGCUAUUGGGCAGGUUUGGAUGCAUCGGCUCAAACUACUUCUCAUGAACUCACCAUUCCAAAUGAUUUGAUUGGCUGUAUCAUUGGGCGUCAAGGCGCCAAGAUCAAUGAGAUUCGCCAGAUGUCUGGGGCGCAGAUCAAAAUUGCCAAUCCAGUGGAAGGAUCUACUGACAGGCAGGUUACCAUAACUGGAUCUGCAGCCAGCAUUAGCCUGGCUCAAUAUCUAAUUAAUGUCAGUUUAGAAAGCGCUAAACCCUCCUCCCAGGCAGCCUCCGUCACGAUCCCCGACCACCUCAGCAUCAACCUCUCUCAACCCUCCACCCCUUCUUCUUCUUCCUCCUCCACCACCACCCCCUCGCUUGCGACAGCAGGGGUCUCCGACGCACCCUCCAGCCUCCCCAACCCUCUUCCGACCGCCCCCUGUGUCUCCAGUCUGCUUGGCAUGAAACCCGUCCCUCUCCUGGCUCUAAAUGUUGUGUCUGCUGCUAAGGGUGCCUCCACCACCUCAGCUGUGCCAUGUGUUACUAACAAACUGAAAACGGAAAAACAGAGAUUCUCUCCCUACUGAGUGUCUGCUUGUGGCCUUAGAGGAACAGCAGAUUGUUUUUCAGCAAUGUGGGGAUCCUGUAGAGGAAACUUGGAAGAGAUUUUUUAAAAAAAACUUCAAAGGAAAGUGAGCUUGUGAUUCCAUUAGGAUGGAGUUUCUUUUUGCUGGCGACCUCUACUAGGUCAAGGACAAUUGAGCAAGCAUAUUAAUAAGUUUUGGAGUUCAGUAGUGAUCUUGAUUAUGUAGCUUGUAGAUGUUGCUUUAGUAGUUUGCAUUGUUACAUGGGAUAAAGGAGGGUGGGGAGUGGGUGGUUGGGUGGGUGGGUGGGUGAGAAGGGAAUUAUGCUAGGGUCUGUUAACAAAAUACUUAUUUGCAAUUCCUUGGUUUAAGCUGUGCAAAGAGGCUAAUUUGGGCAAACAUGUCUCAAUGUCUUUCUUUGUAAUAAAGCUGUCACAGUGAGAACAUACACAGGUGUGCCUGAAUUAGGACUGAACUCUGUGACCACAAACUGGUUGAGUAUAACAUUGCACCCCCCAGGCUAAAGGCUUUGUAUAGAUAACCAACCCUUGCACUAGCACAGCUUUCACUGACUUGGUGCCCUGUGAAUUUGUUUGGACUAUGCCUGGGCAUUGACUCUGUUGGCUAGUCUGAAACAUCUGCAUAGCACCAGGUUUGGGGGGGGGGGAGGCUGCCCUACAACAUUGAUUACAUUUAUAAAUCAUAUUCUUUGAAGGUUCUGAAUCUAAUACACAGUUCUAAAGAUGUGCGCUGUGAUGCUCUUUUCUGUAAGAAUGAGAGGGGUGGUUAGAUCUUGCAUACUGCCCCGCUUUCAUGUAAAUUGCUUCUUUCCCUUGAGAACUGUGGCCCAGCCAGCCUUAUAAUUCAUCUGCUCAAUAGAACUGCAGUAUAUUCUUUGCACCACAUCCAUUCUUUUUUAUAACUUAUGACAGACCUUUGCAAAGCUUGGUUCAGACACCUGGCUUACUCCAUACUCAGGACUGUCUUGGCCACUUAAAGAAGUGACUGCACCUAGAGUAGUGAACACAUUGCAGUGAACAGAUGGAAUAAUGCUGCAGGUGCCACUCUCUUUUUAAAGUGUGUUCCUUAGAGUGGGUAUCUUAGAACUGUAUCCUAGAACUGUAGUUAAAAAUGUUUGUCUAUUGAUGGCAGUAUGGGCCUUUAACUAAUGCCAACAGCAUCUUAACAGCUGCUCCUUUGGGCAUGUAAUUGGCAUUGAAAAAUGGUCAGCUGCAGAGUCUGGCCACGUAGCUUUGUUCGUCCUGGUCUUUCUGCUUAGUCUUUGAGGCCAGCAGCUGCAAGUUUCCUUCACUAAAGGUUCAUUGGAAGCUGACUGGAAUAUUGUGCGGACAAAAUGAAAAUGUAGUGAGGUGACAUGCUGCUGCCUUAAACAUGGUGUUCAUAUGUUCAUUCUUUUGUCUGAACCUGAAUACACAUGAUCUUUAGCCUGGGGUUGCCAUACGAACACUGUAAAUACACUUAAAUUUUUGAAGCAAUCUCUGGUGCUUAAAAACCUUCAAAAACUGAGGUAACAUUGAAUAAGAAUGGUGACAGCAGGACUGCUAAGAAUCUUGUGUUUAUAUAUUUUUUUAAAGCUGAAUAAGUUUGAAAUGGUGGCUGACGGCUGGAAGUCAGAUGGCAUACACAAUGCCACUCUUUGCAUUUCAGGAAGAUGAGAGUCCUAAUCUGAUCCUGUUUGGGGUGGGGAGGGGGUGGCCAUCAACUGGCCGACUUACACAGUUGUUAUGUCAAACCCUUUUUUCUUGAGUAGCAAGGGGUCUUUUUUUAAAGUACUUGUUUCUGCAGUUUGACUUUCACAAUUGUAACCUUUUUUUAAAAAAACUGUUUUGCUCUGUAGUGUAACCACAUUAAGUAAAAAUUGUCCACUCUUAACCAAG